AUGGUACGGUCCUCUUCACGGCCUAAGCUUCGCAACCAUCACCCUAAUCAGCCCUGCGGCCACGCAAGUACGCGCUCCAGCAAAGACUGUGCCAUCGCCCCGAGGCCUCCCGAUUCCAGCAAGCCUCCUUUCUGGGUGGAAUUACGAACUGUCAUAACCAGACUAUUUCCCGGCUCGCUGUGCACCAGAGCUGGGACCAAAACUAGAGGCUUCUUAACUCCAGCCUGCACGGACAAAGAUACCACGUGGGGCUGGUUUCCCAACCCAAAGCCCUUCUCCAUCUCUACGCUCCUCCAAAGACUCCUCUGCCUCAUCUCUCACCUCCUCUGCCUCAUCUCUCACCUCCUCUGUCUCAUCUCUCUCACCUCCUCUGCCUCAUCUCUCACCUCCUCUGUCUCAUCUCUCUCGUCUCCUCUGUCUCAUCUCUCUCGCCUCCUCUGCCUCAUCUCUCUCACCUCCUCUGCCUCAUCUCUCUCUCCUCCUCUGUCUCAUCUCUCUCACCUCCUCUGUCUCAUCUCUCUCACCUCCUCUGUCUCAUUUCUCUCGUCUCCUCUGCCUCAUCUCUCUCGUCUCCUCUGCCUCAUCUCUCUCACCUCCUCUGCCUCAUCUCUCUCACCUCCUCUGUCUCAUCUCUCUCGUCUCCUCUGUCUCAUCUCUCUCGCCUCCUCUGCCUCAUCUCUCUCACCUCCUCUGCCUCAUCUCUCUCUCCUCCUCUGUCUCAUCUCUCUCACCUCCUCUGUCUCAUCUCUCUCACCUCCUCUGCCUCAUCUCUCGCCUCCUCUGCCUCAUCUCUCUCACCUCCUCUGUCUCAUCUCUCCUCCUCUGCCUCAUCUCUCUCUCCUCCUCUGCCUCAUCUCUCUCGUCUCCUCUGCCUCAUCUCUCUCACCUCCUCUGUCUCAUCUCUCUCACCUCCUCUGUCUCAUCUCUCUCACCUCCUCUGUCUCAUCUCUCUCACCUCCUCUGCCUCAUCUCUCUCACCUCCGUCUCAUCUCUCUCACCUCCUCUGCCUCAUCUCUCUCACCUCCUCUGCCUCAUCUCUCUCACCUCCUCUGCCUCAUCUCUCUCACCUCCUCUGUCUCAUUUCUCUCUCCUCCUCUGCCUCAUCUCUCUCACCUCCUCUGCCUCAUCUCUCUCACCUCCUCUGCCUCAUCUCUCUCACCUCCUCUGCCUCAUCUCUCUCACCUCCUCUGCCUCAUCUCUCUCACCUCCUCUGUCUCAUUUCUCUCACCUCCUCUGUCUCAUUUCUCUCUCCUCCUCUGCCUCAUCUCUCUCACCUCCUCUGCCUCAUAUCUCUCACCUCCUCUGUCUCAUUUCUCUCGCCUCUUCUGCCUCAUCUCUCUCACCUCCUCUGCCUCAUCUCUCUCACCUCCUCUGCCUCAUCUCUCUCACCUCCUCUGCCUCAUCUCUCUCACCUCCUCUGCCUCUGCUCUCUCACCUCCUCUACUACUCAAACAUUUAUUAUCUGCAAACAUUUGA